AUGCAGCGUGUUGGAACCAAUCCGCCCUCGGGGUUUUCUGACUUGCACUUUGACUCGCUGAAUCAAGUCAGCACCGAUGAUGGCAGUGAAUACCCGCUGCCAACAGCAUUCGAGCCAUGGGAUGCAAUACGGUAUUACACACAGCUCACAAACGAUGACGCGGCCACGGCCAUGGAUCCAAAUCUACUGAUAACCUCCAAAUCUGCCGGCUUAGGAAGCGAAUAUGACAGUCAAUUUCUAAUGUUAUCAAUGGAUGGAUCGCCAAUAUUAUCCGAAACUUCACCUAAUACCUCCAGUACACAUACCCAGCCAUCGCCAAGCUCUGUCACCAGGGAAGAGCAAAGCACGGCCAGAAAAAAUAAGCGCAAGAGAGGACCGCAAAACUCCCGCAAUCAGACCGAAAAGAAGGAGCAGGUCAAGCAGCGGAACCGGGUAGCCGCAUCCAAGUGCCGACAGAAGAAGAGAAACAAGGUGGACGAGCUGAAGGAGCAACGUUCAAUUCUUGAAGCGGAAAACGGCAAACUCCACAAUGAAUAUGAGCGACUUCGCAAGGAGAUUGGCCAGGUUAAGUCCGAUCUGAUGCACCAUACAGAGUGCAACGACGAUAACAUUAAUCAGUGGAUUUCCAACGAGGCCAAGACGUACGUGGAUAAGCUUGUCCAGAAAGAGGAGCGACGGCGGAUGGGGAGCCUCAGCAGCUCGAAUGGAACUGUUGAAGAUGUUGAAAAUGCUCAAGCGGGGUUGCCCUUUGGAAUGCCAAGUAUGGCGUCUAGGGGCAAUCGCCUAGGGUAG